AGUUAUGGGUAGCAGCCCAGAUACCUUAGAGUAUAAUAUGCAGCUGUGCCUCUGUAGGUUGAGUGACCAUGACCUAAAGGUGGCUCAUGGAGAGCUGGUAGGCAUGCAGCUGCUUUUGGAAGAUGUGCUUCUCAGUAAUUAUCAUAUGAUCACGGAGGACCCCCCCAGACAGCAAGCCACACUGGACAGAAACACACAGCCGGAUUUGUCCAGAGUGCCAGAAUUCAGAAGUCAGUUCCAAAGCAACCCCAAGGUCUCCGAGCUGCUGAGGGGCCCAUGCAAUGCAAUGAUGUCCCUUGCUUUCCUGAAAUCUUUUCUGGUUCUGUGGAAGCAGCUGGAAGUGCUAAAGGACCACUGGGGUCAGCUUAAACUGCAAGGCCAGGAUGGCAGUUCUGUCUCCCUCCACAAACAGUUCUCAGAACUCUACGGAACUGACAUCCUCUACCCCAGCAUGAAAGCUAUAGCUAGGCGGAUGGGGAAAGAAGAUGAAUUUGAAGAUCUUAUAAUAAGUAGUCAGUCUAUUCUUCCCCCCAAAGGAGCUUCAGAAAUUGAAAUAAAAACUCAACAGCUUCAGAAGCUUCUGGAAAAUCUUGAAAUUCAUAUGAUCCAGGAAGUGUUAAGAAAAGUUAAGAAAGAGAGAGCACUGGUUGUAUCAGAAAAGUCCAAGGAGCAUGGUACUCUCCCUACAGACCUUUGGAAGCACCAUGUCAUGAAAGAAAACUUUUCAGUUAUCAGACCACAAAUAGUUGAAAAAUUUAUACAGAGAUUGAUGGAAAAUUACCAGGAUAGUGGACUAGAGAUCACUUUCAAGAAAGAGCACCUCGAGGCCUGCUUCCUUUCCCUGGGUUGUGAUGUGAUGGCAAGAGAACGCAGCAACUUCGAGAGCUACUCCAUGUUUUAUGAGCACGUGUUGGAGCAUGCUAGGCAUAAGCUCUGCCAGAGAGAACAAGAAUUAGAUAUGAUACGAAGAGGUUCAGGUCCUCCUGAAGGCAAUGCUGGUCAGGUUGCAGAGCUCAGUCAUAAUAUGAUCAUGGAAAUCACUGCUCUGAGAGCUCGACUCACAGAUCUUGAAGAAGAAAAUCUGAAUCUCAAAAAGCAGAUUAGAAAAGAAGUCCAAGAAGAAUAUGAAGCAUUAGUCCAGGCUCUGUUUGUGACAUGUUUACACAUAAAAGAAAAACUGGAUGAGAAUCAGAUUAAUUUGAUCCAGAAAGUGUGUGAGCUCAUCCGCGAAGUAAGAACAGAAGGGAUUGACAAUAUGAAGGGCCUAAAGAAAAAAUGGGGCUCUGCCAGACCUGAUGAAGGAAUGAAAGAAAACGCAGCCAAAGAGCAGCUGCAGACCUUGGAGCAGGACAACUGUCGCCUGGCUGCCCUGGUGUGCAAAGUGAGGAGCCUGGGCCUCUGGAGGCUGGCUGUGCAGCGGGCUCGCCUCCAGGCCCAGCUGCACAGGGCAGAGAAGGAAGCUAUGCAAAGUAAAAAAGAGUGUUCGAGCAUCAAGCUGAUGGCAGAGCAAGAAGCGGUUUUAUUUCAUCAGCAGCUAGGGGCCCUACGGCAGGCCCUGGCCAGGGCUCAGGCCCACAACACUAGGAUGCGCAAGCAGCAGGAUAGCCAGGCUCAAUUGCUGAGAGAGCUGCAACACAGAGUGACCCAGGAAGCUCGUCACCGGCAGCAGCUGGAUCUAAUGAAGACCUCCGGCAUGGAGAAGCUCUUGGAAGAUGUGCAGCAAAAGGACCAGCACCUGCAGCUCCUUACUGAAGAGGCUGAGAGGGCUUCGAAACUGGGCCAGCUUCAGCAGAGGAGAACUCAGGCAGAACUCCGACAGCUGAGAAGCCGGCUUGCCCAGGAACGCAGCGUGAAGCUGGAUGCCUUCCAGCGCAUAGAAGAGCUACAAAGUCAGCUUAAUGAUGCUGAGCGAUUGUCUGUCCAGAUGAGUUCACCAGGCGGCCUUAUAUCUCGGGCUGAGUACUCCCUGAGUUCCGCUUCCACAUCAUUCCGAUACUCCCAGCAACACCUUUUAAAGACUAAUCUUAUGAGCAGUAAAAUAACAAGAAGGAUUCAAAGGCCGGAAACUGUACCUAUUAAACACAAAAAAAGGAUUGACAAUGUCGUUCUACCCAAUGUGGAAGAAAAUGUUCACCUUUCAGCUUUUCAAGUUCACACAGCUCCAUCCAUAAUCCCAUGAGGACCUGACUGGUAAUCUAUAUAUACCCUCCAAGUUUUCUUUC